AUGUUUCGACUUCCCGUCGGAUGGCAGUUCCUUGUCAACAACCAAGUAGGCGGCCAACUCAACGCCGCCAACCUUGGAAAAUACGACCAAGUAAUGCAAAAGUGCCUCGCGACCGGCGCACACUGUAUGCUAGACAUACACAAUUUCGCCCGCUGGAACGGCGGCAUCAUCGGCCAAGGCGGGCCGACAGACGACCAAUUCGUGUCGCUAUGGACGCAGCUCGCGACAAAGUACAAGGACAACGCCAACGUCGUAUUUGAGCUCAUGAACGAGCCCCACGACCUCGACGUCAAACUCUGGGCGGCGACGUGCCAGAAAGUAGUGACCGCGAUCAGGGGUGCCGGCGCUGCGUCGCAGAUGAUUCUGCUGCCGGGGACAAACUUCAACUCGGCUGAGUUCCUUGUCAGCAGCGGGAGCGCGGAGGCGUUGGCUGCGAUUACGAACCCCGAUGGGACGACGGACAAUCUGAUUAUUGAUGUGCACAAAUAUCUUGACGAGGAUAACAGCGGCACGCAUAAGCCCUGCACGACGGAUAAUGUCGAGAGUUUCAGGACGGUGGCUGAGUUCCUGAGGGCCAAGGGACGAAAGGGGCUGGUCAGCGAGACGGGCGCCUCGAGCGAUGCUUCGUGCUUCACAAGCUUCUGCGCCCAAAACACCUUCAUCAACCAAAACUCCGACGUCUUCAUCGGCCUGGUGGGCUGGGCGGCCGGUAGCUUCAGUACCGACUACGUCCUCAGCCUGACGCCCAAGAAGUCAGGCAACACCUACACCGACAACAACCUCAUGAAGCAGUGCGUCCUCGACACGUGGGCCAACACGGAGCAAAACGUCUCGACGCCCGCUACACCACCGGUGGCUUCAUCAUCAUCGGCGGGAGCAGCAGCAUCACAGCCCGCCGCGUCCUUAGUGCCGACGAAACUUCCCGCUACCACCCCCUCCGCGUCAGCGGCUGUCCCUACAGCUUCGAACUCGGCUCCGACUUCGGCACCGCGACCUAGCAGCAGCGGCGGCGAUGAAGAAGGCAUCGCGCCCCCGACGACGAUUGUGAGCAUGCCGACCACGCUGUUGGUCGACCCUUCUACGCCGACACCACCGGCGGCAACGGGAGCUCGCGGCGGCAGGAAUGGGACGACUACGACGACGAGCUCGCCUUCUCUUCCGACGGCGGCGGGGUCGAGAUUAGGACGGCUUGAUAGUCUGCUAGGACUCGGUUUGGCAGUCGCCUUCUUCUUGUAG